AGUGCAUUGAACGUAUUUAUCGUUUAUUUGCAGAACCAGUUACACAAGAAUGUAUCAAGCGAGAUGGCUGAUGCUGGCGGUGGCAGCGACGUUAGCGCUGCAGUCGCGAGGGGAUGGCGGCAUCAGACUACCAGACCAGCCUUCCAAAGAAAACACCGAAGGAAGAUCACUCAAUUUCGGAGGAGAUAAUGGAAGAUCCCCUCAGGCUCAGGGUCGUGGUUUACUGGACUGGAUUGGCUUGGGCGAGGAUCAAGACCCCUACAUCCAGCAAUCAACACAGCAGUGCAUCAAUGGAGACCUAGCAGACUGUUUCAAAGCACAAGCUUUGAGGUCGUUUGACGAUUUCUUCGACAAGCAGGCUUACCAACUUUCAGAUAACGCACUCUUAGUCAAAGCAGAGAACCAAGCAAGGGCACUAGCCAGAGAGCCACCUCAACUGGAUUCGCAGCCUCGUAGCGAAGAUUCCGACUGGGAAGCCCUUGUCAAAUACGGAAUGAGGAAAAUUGAAAGGUUUUUAAGGUCAACCGCCUUGGAGCUGCAGCUUGACAAUGAAGUGACUUCCGAGGGUGUUAUCGCUCCGAGAUUCAUCGACGAGAUUAAUGAUGAAGUAGACGUAAUCGAGGAUAAAACGGCGCCGUUCCGUCGCCACAAGCUGAAGAAACUUAUCAUUCCUAUGCUACUCAUCCUCAAGUUGUUCAAGCUGAAACUGCUUCUCUUCCUGCCUCUCAUUCUUGGUUUGGCCAGCUUCAAGAAAUUCUUAGGAUUCAUGGCUCUUAUCAUUCCAGGUGUAAUCGGAUAUUUCAAAUUCUGCAAGCCAAAUUCAUCUCCUUUCUCCACAAACCACUAUACGGGGCCUCAGUAUUCACCCGCCGGUAUUGGUUUAGGACCUUACAGAGAAAGUCCUCCCGAAAACUAUGGCCAUUACAAUAAUUAUCCCGGCGGCCACAAGUACAGCCAGGGGGGCUUUUCGUUCAGAGACCACGACGCCAGUCCCCAAGACCUGGCCUAUCAAGGCUGGGAGUACAGGAACAAGAAAGGAGCUGAAGACAUCAAGGCUGAGAGCCCAUAAAGACUGUAUUAGUAUGACUAGUAGUAGUACUAGUAGUAGUAGUAGACUGUAGUAGUAUAGGACAUCCAAAAGUUGGAUGUAGCUUUGUUUUAAAAUCAUCUUGAAAUAAGUACGCGAGCUUCCGUAACAAGAGGAUCUUCGAUUACAUAGGUGUAAUCAAGGAUUGAAACCUGGUCAUUCUCAAAGUCCCUAAAUGACUGCCAGUUGUAAAAUCGAGGGGACUACGUUAUUAUUUUCUAUUAGAAAAAAAAAU